AUGCCCGACAAUGCAUCUAUAAUCUCCUCGAACCCCGCCCGCUCCGUCUUCCCUAGAGGCCCUAGCUUCACACUCGAGGAUUUCUCUAGUCGCGACUUUAUCGUCAAGGAGUUUAUCGAAACGCUCUCCGACAGUGCCAUCUCCGGUCGCCGCUCAGCCGUCGGAACCACCGGUGUUGCCAACCAAGCCUUUGACCCCAAGCCCCUCAUCCGCACGUUUGAACAUGCCCAACGAAGACUAGGCGAGCUAUCGGGGGAUCUGGAGAUACGCGAGAAUGAGCUUUCAGCAGCAGUGCGACGCGCCGAAGCUCAGCAUUCGCAAAACCUCACCACGCUGGGCCGGAAAUUGCGACAGACCAUUGAGUCGUUUCAGCAGCUGGACACGUCACUCAAUGGCGCCGGUCUAGAGAAUGCCGGGGGUACGGGAAACAUGGCAGUAGAAACCGGAAGAAGAUUGGAGGAGCUAGAUCGACAGCGUCGCCGGGCGCUAGAUGCCCAUUUCCUGUUGGAGUGUCGGGACGGGAACCUACGGCGGUCUGGCACGGGAGAGGCCAAAGUGCGCUCGGCACAGUUCGCACGACAGCUGCUGCGUAUCAGUCAACGAUUGGAUCCGCAGAGUUGGCAGGAGAACCUAUCAGCUGCCAAUGGCGGACACACGCCGAGUUCCUCAUCAGAAUCGGUAAAUGAGAGCCCUACACCGCGGCGGAACACACGAGAGAUUAUUGAGAAGUUUUCGGAAACUCUGGAGAAGGACCUGCUGAAACAAUUCGACGAAUUCUACCGCAAGGCCAACUUCGACGGCAUGAAGGACUGUGCUACCGUGUUGCAAGAUUUCAACGGCGGCAGUAGUGUGAUUGCGUUGUUCGUGAACCAGCAUCAGUUCUUCAUUGACCGAAGUCAAUUGGUGACCGAGGAAGUGGGCGGUGAUGCUGAAUCAUGGGAGAAGUUGGCCGAUCCGGAUGCCGAACUUCCUAGUAUCGAUUCUAGCCUUCAGUCUUUGCUCGACGAAGUGAAGGUAGUGGUGCAGGAAGAAUCCACAAUUAUUAAGAGGGCCUUUCCCUACUACGAGCAGGUCCUGGGCAAAUUCCUGCAGCGAGUCUUCCAACAAUCGAUUCAGCAGCGACUCGAGAUGGUCCUAGAAAAGGCCAGUGGAGUUUCGUCACUAGCUUUUCUACGAUGUCUACAGAGCUCACGGGGCUAUAUCGGCUCGUUGAUUGAUGACUUAAAAGCGCACGGAUUGACCGAGCACCCGGAUCCCAUCUCCUCGCAGACCGCACUGCUGCUGGACCAACAGCUGGAAGAGCUGUUUGUUCCCUAUUUUGUCGGGUCAUCCUAUAUCGAACGCGAGAAGCGCACCUUGGAGGAACUAUUCAAUGCGAUACUAUUCCGAUUCACUUGCUUCCACGCUCGCCGGAAGAAGGCUGCUACCACGUUCAUGGCGUCACUGUCUAGACCUGGAACUGAAUUGCUCUCCACGACUCGAGAUACUUUCAUCAAUCGACUGGACUCGUACGACGUCUCGCCUGUUCAACGACGGAUUCUGAUGCAUAUAGCCAAGAUAGACGAUGUCCCGGAAACGAAGCUAACCGAAGUCAAGCUGACCGACGAAGACGGGCAGCCCAACCUGAGUGACGCCAAGCGCAUGCUCAAGUGGCUUGCGGAAGCGGUAGGUCGUGGGCUCGAGCUGAGUGUCAACUCGGAUACCCACAAAGACGUGUCGGCUCUUUUGACUCUUCUACUCGUGACAAUGGGUGACGGAUACGUGGAUGUUUGCCUCGAUGCCGCCCUGGAGGCGGCCACGCAACAGGAGUCCAGCAAGACCGAGCCAGACUUCAGCUAUCUUCUGUCGGUCCGAACGACUAUCAGUAUCACCACGUUGAUGAUCAUGUGUGUGAAUGCCGUGUUGUUACCCUUAGCGACCGGGAGCAUCACCACCCGCCGUGACAUGGAAAAGCGCACGAGCCAGACGACGUCACGAAUCGAAGAGAAAAUCAAUACAAUCGAACAGAAGACGAUCGACGCCUCGCUCGCGUGGGUGAGUCGACUACUCUCCGGACAGAAGAAAAAUGACUUCCGACCACGCGAGAGUGACAACGCCUCAUGGCUGGAGAUGUUACAAACCCCGACCUGCGCCUCGAUUUGUACGUUCCUGACGAAGGUGCACAACAUCGCCCGCACGUCGUUACCGGCCAGCGGGGCCAACGUUCGUCAGGUACUCACGGAAAUCGCCCUUGGGACGCGCGCAUUGCUCCUGGAGCAUUUCAAACGGUUCGCCGUCAGCGGACCCGGUGGCUUAAUGGUGACCAAGGACAUGACGCAAUAUGCGGACUUACUCAAGUCGUGGGACAUUGACGAGGAGACCAAAGGCCCCGGUGGCGCGCUGGACGUGUUAUUGGAGGUGGGUAGCCUAUUUGUUAUCGGUGCAGAGGCACUACGCGAGCGCAUCCGUGGGGGGAGCCGCCAGUGGAGCGACCGGGUCUGGCGGGUCAAGCAGAGCUGGGCCCGAAGCCAAAUUGAGUGUGCAGGAGGUACGGGCGUAUGUCUCGCGGCGCGAGGACUCGAACACGCCAGCGAUGCAGCAAGUGCUGAAUGCACUGUAAUAGACGAGUGGAGACUCUAG